AUGAACUUGAAUAUAAUCAGAUUAUUCAGGUUGUUCCUGCUGCUAAUUGGGGUUUUAUUACUUUUAUCACUUCCUGGCUUUGACAAAGUUACGGAAGUAAAAGAAAGUGGGUUUUCUGAAGGGGUAAAUAAAGCUUCAGUUGACCAAGGGAUCAUACUUGAUUACAAAAAAGUAACUCAAGAGGUAUUAACAUCCCAAAAAUCAGGUAGCGCUGAAUUGGUUGCAGAAAGUAUAAUUAAUUCUAUAACAAAAGAAACUCAUUGCAUUGAAUGCGGGGAUUCAGGUGAUAUUGAUAUUAUCAAAAACGAUUACUUUUCUUCAAGUAAAGAUAAACAUUUUUAUCAUUCAAAUUAUGGAUAUAUUGCAGCGGUAGUUCCAUCGAAAAGAGGUGAUUCUUCAGAAGUACUAAUAAUAUCUAUUUCUUUCCCGUGGGAAAAUAAAGAUGGAGAAGGUGAAUUAGGGAGUGCAGCAGGUUUAAUCAUUCCACUUUCGAAACAUUUUGAAAAAGUUUACUGGACUUCCAAAGAUAUUAUUUUAUUAUUUACAGAUUCUAACGUUCCAAAUUCAAUGGGUGUUAGCUCAUUUCUGAAAGAUUUAGCAACAAACCAAAGACUGUUAAAGUACAAUGGUAGAAUAAGAACUGCAAUGUGUAUUGAAGUAUUAUCAUUUACUCCAAAAAAAGUUUUUAUUGAUGUCGAAUCAAUGGAUGGGCUGCAAACAAACCAAGAUUUUCCUAAUGCUGUUAUAAGAGAGAUUGAGUCAAGCUUCAUUUAUCCUCCUAUAUCUAUCAAUACGAGAACUUUUUGGGAUUCAAUAACAAGACAAGCAUUUAAUAAAGGGUCAGGUAAACCUCAUAGUAGGUUUUUGCAGAACAAUAUCCCUUCAUUUACCCUUUCUUUGGUUGGUGAAGCCCCAAUAGAAAAUGAUCAAUUGGUAGAUCAUUAUAAAAAAAGUCAAAAUACAAAUGAGUUCAUAUCAAUAUUUCCAAUACAACAAUUUGAAAUUUAUAAAUUUUUAGAAGGAAUUGUUAAGAUUCAAAGUAACCUUCAUGAUGAAUUGCAUCAAUCGGGCAACAAGUAUUACUAUACUUCAUAUUUUUCUGCGCUGAGUUUUGGAACUUAUUUAAUUCCACUGAUCCCAAUGCUGAUAUCGUCUACAACAGGAAUAUUGAUACAGAUCUCGAAAGGGAAUAGUAUAUUAUUGAUUGGAAUUAUUUUAAUUGCAUGCUUGCUUUCGUCAAUUACUCCGAUAUUACUCUUAACUGGAUAUAUAACUGAUAAAAUGGGUUAUUUUUCAUUCGAAUGUUCCAAUUUCCCAACUGAAAGAUUUGCAUAUUUAAGUGUUUGGCUUAAAACGUUAACUUUUUUGGUAUUAUUUUCCACAUCUCUAAUUACUUUUUGUAUUAAAGUAUUCAUUAAAUUACUAGGGAUUCAAAAGAACAGCAACAUAUACAGAAAUAUCAUCGCUUCUAUUAAAAUUAUGAAUAAUGUAUUUUUGUUAGUUUUCUCAGUUUAUCUUUCGAUAAAAAAUUUCAGUAUUUUGGUUUUUCUAAUCCCAAUUAUUCUAUUAAUUGCUUUGAUUACGGAUUCUUCAACUAUUAGAAGGGUUACUAUUGGGUCUAUUUUCGCUGCGAUUAUAUUAUAUUUUCAUUUUUAUGGAAAGAGAAAAAACUUGGCAUGUUUAUUUUCAAAAAUAAUAAUGAGGUCAAGGUAUUUCUUAAUAGAUAUUGCAAAUGCCUUAAAUUCUAGUAAUUUAACUUACAAUUUUGGCUUCGAUAUUAAAAAGGCGAGAAACUCCGCAUCUAUUUGGAACUCUGUUUUGGGAAACGAGAUAUUUUGCCACAACGAACAACAUCUAAUAGGGACUAAUAGCUUUUGUAACAGACUUUUGGAUAAUUUUGAUCAGGUUUCAAGGCAUUAUAGAACAAUUAAGAGUAUACCUAUAUUGCAGUGGAUCAGCUGGUUAGAAAUCAAGAUAGAAAAAAAUUUUUGUAAUAAAAAGAGGAAUCUUUAUGAAAUUUUUACGGAAAAUUUAUUUGAUCUAUUGAGGGAUGAUAGGUGCUUAAAAUCAACAAUGUUCAAACAUCUGUUAAUAGGAUUACUAUCACCCUUAAUACUAGCACUAUCAUUAACUUUUCUAUAA